UAUCAACAAGAAAACAGCCCUUCCAUCUUGCAGCCCUCUCGCUCGUGAUAUUGUCUAUUUUCCUGAUCACAGUUUUUCGGAUAAGAAAAAAAUCUAACUGUCUUUUGUUUCCGAAUUUUCAAACUUGUUUUUUCUGCUUUUUUUUCUUCUGAUUUUAUUUUUCAUCUGAUUAUUGUUUUUGUGUUGUGAUGGAACUAGGGUUUUAUAUAUAUCCAUAUCUUCUUUCCUCGUAAAUUGUGGGCUCUUUUCGGCUAUACGUCCGGUUCCUGACAAUCAAAUCAUCGACUGUAACGCAUUGGCAGAGGGUAGUUUUGGGAGUAUAUAAGAUGUCAUCACCAUACGUCACACUUGGCAACAGAACUCUCGAUCAGUGGAAGGUCACUGAGUUGAGGGAAGAACUCAAGAAACGUAAAUUGACUACUAAAGGAUUGAAAGAUGAACUCGUGAAACGUCUGGAUGAAGCUGUUCGCAUUGAGCGCGAAAAUGCCGAGGAUGCAGGAAAUCAUGAAAACGACGCAAUCCAAUCCGAGUUGCCCACUAAACAAGAAAAUCCAGAAACUGAUGUUUCUGGAGGGGACAAGGAUUUCGCAGAUGUAGGUAUAAGCAUGGAUGAAAAAGUGGAUUUGAAGACUGAGUGUGAGAUGGAUGAUCACAGGUCAUUGUUUGAAGGCAAGGUUGAAGUUAGCUUAGAACAAGAGACCAAGGCUGCUGAACUGGAAGGAGGCAAUUAUACUCAAGCUGCUGCUUUGGAAACUACUGUUGUGAUAACUGAGAAGGUGGAGAUUGUCACAGUUGUGAGUGAAGAAAUCUUACAAAAUGAUGGGUCAACUGAAGAUGCUAAUGUCGAACCUUCUGAUCCCAAAUUUCAAUUACAUGUGAUCAAUGAGAGCAGCAAACCUUUGGAGCCAUAUAGUGCAGCUCAGAGUGAAUUCUUGAACUCAUCUGUUCAGAUGGAAAGUGAUGAACCCAAGUAUCCAGAACCGAAUUCUGGUGUCCAGCCAUUGAAGCAUCAGGUACCUGAGGUUGACACUGAUUUAGGAUUUCAAGUAAAAUCUGACUCUGUAUCUACUGAAUCUGUUUCCAUUACUGAAAAAGUUGAACUUAAGGUAGAUGCAAUUACUGAUAAUGUCCCACUAGAAUUAAUCAAUGCCGGCCAUGAUGGUGAAUCACAUCCCUUGGAUGUUAAAGAGCCACUUGGGAAAAAGGAAACGGAAGAGCCACUUGAAGACGAGCCACUUGAAAAGAAAGAUGUUGAAGGGCCUGUUGAUGAAAUUGUAUCUGUUGAAGUCACUGGCGGUAGCCAUGAAGAAAUGGUUGAUAGUCUCAAGAACAUAGAUGGGGAGGAUUUGGUUAACGAGAAAUUAAAUUUAGACAGGAGCUCUGGUGAUGAUUCUAUGGAGGAGGAUAUAGUGGAUAGUAAAAUUGAUGAAUAUGUGGAAAAAUCUGGGAGGCCUGCUCCGAAAGAAGAGGAUAAUGUUGAUGUUGUUAGUCAUGAUAAGACUGUCACAAGCAGACCUGACCAGGCUGAAAAUGAGACUGUCUCUACAGUGGCAUCGGUGAAAAGGAAGUUUGAUGACAUUCCAGAGCAAGCCCUGGUUGGGAAUAAUGACCCUGUGAAAAAAGCACGCAGUUGGAAUGCCGAGGGCUUAAAAACUCUCGGGCCACAAAGUAGUACCAAAGUUACUUCAACAAUGCCCAUGGGUGUCUCUGAACGUACUCCCCCAGUUAAAGAAGAAGCACCAAAGGAGCGUGUUGUUCCGCCAUCACGGAGGGUCCCCACUAAUUCUCUCCGAAUUGAUCGUUUUCUACGCCCUUUUACUUUAAAACAAGUACAAGAGCUUCUUGGCAAAACAGGCAACGUUACUGGUUUUUGGAUGGAUCAAAUUAAAACCCACUGCUAUGUCUCUUUUUCAUCAGUUGAAGAAGCUGUAGGUACCCGUAACACUGUAUACAACCUCCAGUGGCCCCUGAAUGGCGGCCACCUAUUGAUAGCAGAUUUUGUCGAACCUCAAGAAGUCAAAACACGAGUAGAGGCCCCACCACAAUCUCCAGCAACAACUCCUUCAGCAGCUUUACCACCACAAAACAAUGUGCCACCUCAGCCUUCUCCUAGGCAGCAAAUCCCGAGGCACCACCAGCUUCCACCCCCACCGCCGCCCAGAGAGCACCCUAUUCCGGCGAGGGAGCGGCUGAGCAACCUUCCGCCGCCGCCACCUCCAUUGGCGGAAAAGGCUGAGCCACCGUUAGUCACACUUGACGAUCUUUUCCGGAAAACUAAAGCCACCCCAAGAAUUUACUACUUGCCGUUGUCCGAUGAAGAAGUUGCAGCAAAGACUAAGGAACAAGGGAAGAAUAGCGCUGGACUUCGAAUGGAUGUUAGGUUUCCCUGUGAUGUAUGUUUACGCUUUGUCAUAGUCGGAAGACCAAGGCCGUAUGGGAAAUGGUCUCUAGGGUUUCACUCUCAUCUCCGCAUUUGGCCAAAGCCUCCGCAGACUCGAGCAACAAUGGUCGCCGCCAAAAAAACAAAGAAGACCCAUGAGAGCAUUAACAACAGGCUUGCUCUGGUGAUGAAGAGCGGCAAGUACACGCUCGGGUACAAGACCGUGCUCAAGACCCUUCGCAACUCCAAAGGCAAGCUGAUUCUUAUCUCCAACAAUUGCCCGCCGUUGAGGAAAUCCGAAAUCGAGUACUAUGCUAUGCUUGCAAAAGUUGGCGUUCACCACUAUAAUGGAAAUAACGUCGACUUGGGGACUGCCUGUGGAAAGUACUUCCGUGUGUCUUGCCUCAGCAUUGUUGAUCCAGGUGACUCGGACAUCAUAAAGUCGUUGCCUGGUGAACACUGAGAAUAGAGAGAUUGAAGGAUAGUGUUUAUGCUGUGAUUCUUGAUUUUUGACGUAUUUUCACAUUUUCGGUUGUAGAACAAAAGAUUUUAUAUUGGAUUAUAUAUGUUUUGUUUCCAUGGCUCAGUAUGGUUAUUUAACUUGGUGGUUUUUUGUCAGACCAUUUAAAUCUGUUGUUGACAUGUUCCAAUGGUGUAAGCCUUUUUUUCUUUUAAUACUUAUGAUAUAUUUAUGCUUGCUUGCUUGCUUGUGUGAUGUGACUAAUCUCUAUCACCAUAGUAUGAUAAAUUUUUACUCAGAUUUUAGUUGCUGUAUUAAUA